AACUAGCUAGUAGGAGGCGGCACUGGCAGUUGACACUGCACACACACUUCUAUCUUCAGACAUUGGACAGACUCUUCAACAUGCUCUUGUGACCAUUAAUAUAAAUUGGCCUGACAAAUUCAACUAUUUGGGGGAGGGGAUGAUACAAAUAUACCACUUUGUAGGAAGGAGUAAAGCGACCGUCGGUCAUCACUUGCAAAUAAACACCCCGGAACUGGUUAGCUAGCUAACGUUACGCUCAGUUGGCUAGCUUUUUAUUGGCAAUGUUUACUAGCGUUGGUUGCUAGCUACACAAUUGUCAACACGCGUGGAGAAUAAACGUUUGGCCUGUGUACUAUCAGCAAGACCGCUUGUUCUCAACACCGAAAACUUCACGGCGACCUACCACCACUUGUAGCUCCGAAAAUGGCUUCAAGAGGGGGCUUUCCGGCUACUCAGAUGAACCUCAGUGUUAACCCCAUGAACGCUGGACAUGUAGGCGGUGGAAUGAGGAUGCCAGGAAUCCAACAGAAUUCGGGUUUUCGAGCUAUGAAUGCCACUCCUCAGUACCAUCAGCACCCUGGUAUGCCUUCAAACAGGGGGAUCCCGAUGGGGCCAAUUGGGGGCCCUGGACCCUCUUAUGGGGGUGGGAACAUGCCCUUACGCAUAGGAAUGGGGCAAUCAGCCAUGGAUGCCUCUCGAAAACGAUUCCUUCAACAACAACCGCAGGGGGGGCUGGGAGGCCCAAGGCGUGGCAAAAGGCGCAGGAUGGCCGACAAGGUGCUACCACAGAGGAUACGAGACCUGGUUCCAGAGUCUGAGGCCUAUAUGGACCUGCUGGCCUUUGAGAGGAAGCUGGACCAGACCAUCGCCCGCAAACGCAUGGAGAUCCAGGAAGCCAUCAAAAAGCCCAUUACGCAAAAGCGCAAGUUGAGGAUCUACAUAUCCAACACCUACACUCCCGGCAAGCCAGAAGGCGAAGAGGCAGAAAAAGUGUCAUCCUGGGAACUAAGGGUGGAGGGAAAACUCCUUGAGGAUCCUGGGAAACAGAAGAGGAAGUUUUCGUCCUUCUUUAAGAGUCUGGUCAUUGAGCUCGAUAAGGAACUGUAUGGACCUGAUAACCACUUGGUAGAGUGGCACAGGAUGCCCACCACCCAGGAGACCGACGGCUUCCAGGUGAAGAGACCAGGGGACGUGAGCGUGAAAUGCACCCUGCUCCUAAUGCUGGACCACCAGCCCCCACAGUACAAGCUGGACCCAAGACUGGCCCGGUUGCUAGGUGUACACACCCAGACACGGGCUAGCAUCAUGCAGGCACUGUGGCUCUACAUCAAGAACAACAAGCUGCAGGACAGCCACGAGAAGGAGUACAUCAACUGCAACCGCUACUUCAGACAGAUUUUAGGCUGCACACGUAUGCGGUUCUCUGAGAUUCCCAUGAAGCUGGCUGGCCUGCUGCAGCAUCCUGACCCCAUCAUCAUCAAUCACAUGAUCAGCGUGGACCCGAACGACCAGAAGAAGACUGCGUGCUACGACAUUGACGUGGAGGUGGACGAUCCUCUGAAGGCCCAGAUGAAUAGUUUCCUGUCCUCCACUACCAAUCAACAGGAGAUCGCCGCCCUGGAAAUGAAGAUCCACGAGACCAUUGAGUCUAUUAACCAGCUGAAGACCCAGCGAGACUUCAUGUUGAGCUUCAGCAACAACCCGCAGGACUUCAUCCAGGACUGGCUCAAGUCCCAGAGUCGAGACCUCAAGUUGAUGACGGACGUGGCAGGUAACCCAGAGGAGGAGAGGAGGACUGAGUUUUACCAGGCCCCCUGGGUGCCAGAAGCUGUGGGCCGAUACGUCUACUCUAAGGUGCAGCAGAGAAGACAGGAGUUGGAGCAGGUGCUAGGAAUUCGACUCACCUGAGUCCUUAUGGAGCGUAGCUCCCCAAUCCACUAAAACAAAACACAUUUUUAAGAUCGUCUUAAACUCCCAGUUUUACAUGAAUCAUAUCCAAAACACAACCACAGAACUGGAAUCCGCUUCUAUCAAUUCGCAUUGCCUUUUUCAACCACUUUGUAAUAGCAUAUAUAUAUAUAUAUAUUCUAUAACUAUUGCAGCUAAAGUGUCUUUCAAGCUGCAAUCACAAAGCCUUAUGUCCUUAUGGGAAUGGUUUGGUGCAAUGGUUUCAGCAGGGUAAAGGCUUUUGAGUACUUGGCUGGUAUCUGUUAGUAGCAUUUUUUUUUUUUUUUCAAAGUAGUUACUUUGAGACCAAAGUAAUGAUUUUACGUGGUCUUGCUUAUAGUCUCGUCUUUCUCCACAUUACGAGGGAUACUGUUUGACAGCCAGCUUAUUCAAAUAUUUGCCUUUUUAUAAUAUUGCAAGAUGUACAAAUGAGUUUGUAGCUUUCUUCUCACAUUUUGCUUAUGAGGUCUUAACUUGAGUCAAAACAACUUGACAGUACCAAUGCUUAUGUGCCAUUUUGUUGUGUGUUUUUACCAUAGUUUUUCAAAGCUAUGGAGAUUUAGUUAGGGGAAAGUACCUAAAGCCUAGUAGCCUUUACACAAACAAUGCUUGUUAGAAAUACAGAAUAAUAUCCUAGAAUCCAUGUUUGGACAGGACACUCAGGAAAUCGUAGUGCUGGUAAAGGGGCUGUUCUAUUCGCUAGGAAAGGAGCCCACUUUGUCCAGCUGUUUCAGUCCAUUUGGAUUUGUGUUUCUCUGUUCACAUGCUGUUUUGAUUGGUUGUCAGGGUAUUUCACUGUCUGAAUUCCAAGGGGGUGGAAGAUUGGCAGUUUGGGUGGGUGCAAGGGGGUCUCCCUUGCACCCACCCAAAGGAAUACUUUCUGAUUUUGGCAAUGAAGCCCUCUACUUCCCAAGAUUCAGAUGCACUAAUUGAUACCGUUUGUCUCUGCAUCCAGUAUAAGGAAGUUAGAGGUAGUAUCGGGAGCCACUGAUAACUAGCGUUAGCGCAGUGACUGGAAGAUUAUAUGGUAUCUACUAGCAUGCUAAUAGUUUCCAUAUACUUCCAGGCAUGCGCUAAUGCUAGUUAGCAACUUCCAAACUGCACGCAGGAGCAUAACAGGGUAUCCACAAGUUCAUCUGACUCUGGGGAAGUAGAUAAAGGGCUUCAUUGCCAAAAUCCUGAAGUAUCACUUUAACAGUUUCAGACUUCCUAAAUUAAGUUACUUGAAUUAAUAAGAAUCUAAACCAUAGUAGUACUUCACAAUGUGCAUAUGGUCCACCAUUGUAUUUUCAUGUAAGUCUUAAAAGGAUAAUCCACCACAAAUUCCUAUGAUUAACAGUUAAAUAACACUAUGUAAUGAAAAAUAAUGCCAGUCCAUAUGGCAUGUGAGGUAGCUAGCUACCUGUAAAACCUCCUAGAGGAACUGCACUGUCAAUUUAGGAGUCUGUCUCUGCCCAGAGCUUCAUACAGUCAUUGGCCCACAGCAAGUGCAGAGAAUGUUGCUAUGGCAACUAUGGCCCUUUCCCACAGACACACAGGGUGCAUUGCGAUAUGGUACUUGAAGGAGAAACUGGGUUGAAUAAUUUGGUACACUGUUUAGAUUGAGCACAUCUAAGCAAAAUAUGUACUUUGUGAUGCCGGUAUAAAUGGAUGGAUGUGUUCUAGAGAAGUAUGCCCGUACCAUCUAUUGGCAGAUUUGGUGAUCUGGAGUGCAGGUAAUUGUUUAAAAAAUCGCUAUUAAAUGUAAUGGGGGAUAACACUAUCUCCAGUGACAAGAACCAUGUAGCUAUGAUGCGUUCCUACACGAUUUUCACAGACUGACCACUUAGGAGUUAAAUCAUUGGGCCAUUUUUAUUUUACCCACUGGUAGAACAGGCUUUCCCCAAAUUGACAGGCUUUACAUGACUUUUAAUUUCUGUGGUUGGAUUAUCCCUUUAAUCAAUACUGAACAAAAAUGUAAACGCAACAUUUUAAUAAUUGUAGUCAUUUUCAACGUGUUUAUUGAGUUACAGUUCAUAUAAGGAAAUUAGUAAAUUGAAAUAAAUAAAUUAGGCCCUAAUCUAUGGAUUUCACAUGACUGGGCCAGGGGUGCAGCCAUUUGGUGGGCCUGGGAAGGCAUAGGCCCACCCACUGGGGAGCCAGGCCCAGCCAAUCAGAAUGAGGUUUCCCCCACUAAAGGGCUUUAUUACAGAUGAUCCUGCAGAUGAAGAAGCUGGAUGUGGCGUUCCUGGGUUGGCGUGGUUACAUGUGGUUGUGAGGCCGGUUGGAUGUACUGCCAAAUGAUCUAAAAAAAAGUUGUUUUUUUUAAACAUUACAUUCCUGCACUCAGAGACAUCUGUAGCGUUGUGUGACAACUGCACAUUUUAAAGUGGUGUUUUAUUGUACCCUACACAAGGUGUACCUGUGUAAUGAUCAUGCUGUUUAAUCAGCUUCUUGAUUUGUCACACCUGUCAGAUGGCUGGAUUAUCUUGGCAAAGGAAAAAUGCUCACUAACUGGGACAUGCAGAAACUGAGAGAAAUCAGCUUUUUGUGUGUACAGGACUUUUUGUUUCAAGCUCAUGAAACACAUUCUGUGUUUUUUUUUCAGUGUAGCUUGAAUGUUUUAUAUGCAGGUUUUUACUUUCGGAAAAUGUCUAAAUGCCUAUGAACGUUCCAAGAAUCUGAUUUGUCAGUGCCAAAAUUGUUCUUGUGAAAGAGAGCAAUUACGUUUCAAGGAAUCUCACUGCUGUGCCUGUUCCGCUUGAUUUUCUACGAUAUCUUUGUAGAAGUUUGCAUGUUUUUGUAUCCUCAAUUGAAAGCUUUUAUACAAUUAUACUCGGGGGGUGCCUUUGGAAUAUUUCAUAAAAUAAAUAUACUUGAAGAAACAA